AUGAAAAUCAAAGUCAGUCUAUGGACACCCAAAGAGACGGCAAUCAGACAAUCCGCCGACGCCAAAAACCCUUCGGAGCUAAUUCAGGCUGGAAAUAUUGUUAAAGAUGCUCUUGUAACAUUCAAAUCCGCGCUAAACAGAAAUGAAUCAUCAACCCAUCUUAGCGAUGAUUGCGAUUUAUAUGGCAAAUUAUUGGCAAAUAAGUUGCGAAAGCUAUCUGAAAUUAAUAGAUUAAAGUUUAUGCACGACAUUGACGGCAUGUACCUACGAUACCAAUUGGUGCAAACUCCAUCGCCAACAUAUCCCAGCAUCGCCCACAACUUUAAUGAAUCAAGGCCUGGCACAUCAUCAUCUACGUAUUCAGAGCCUACCAAUCGUUAUGAGCAGAUGACUCAACAAACUUAUUGUCAAAAUAGAAAAGCAGUAUCAGCCCCACCUCCUAAGAUUAUGAUUCAAUCCAACCAGGUGAUUCGCACACCUGAUGUUGAAUAUCCUGUCCUCCAUAUUCCGAACCAAGUCACCGAUAACCCAGAAUCUAAUCAGGCAAUUAAUAUAAUCCAAACAGCAUUCGACUUGACUUAA